AUGUGGGAGGUUCUAUUCUCUUGUCCGGCUCCUCCCGAGUCCGGAAUUUAUAAUCCAUGUGUUGUAAGAGAAAUGAUUAUUUAUCCUUCAUUUCUUUUACUUUAUAUUAUAAUAUUUGGCCUUUAUCGGUAUUUUUAUACCCUUCGAAACUUACCUAGUUAUGUCCUUCUAGAUGAUAGACAAUUACGAAGACGUCUUACUCCUUUAAUUAGAGCCAUUUAUGGUUUUAGUAACAUUAUACUUUUAUCAUAUUUUGCUGAUUGUAUAGUCGUUAUGAUUAGAGCCCUUGAAUCAAAAACAUGGACUUCAACUGUAAUAGUUUUUUAUGAUGUUGUUUGUUUAAUUGCCUGGUUUCUGAAUAUGUGCUUAAUGGCAUUAGAAAGGCAAAAUGUUGGCAAAUGGUCUUGGGUAAAUUAUCUAUUCUAUUGGGUAUCAUUAGCUGGUGAAGCUUCAAUCUUCUUUCUUUGGUUCUCGGAAUUUAAUGGCGAUUCAAGUAAAUUUGCUUCAAAUUAUGACCUCGCUUUCUUCUGUAUAUUUGUUGUCCGUUAUGUUGCUUUGAUCAUUGCUAGCAUGGCAUCAUUGCUUCGUGCUUUUCAACUUUCUUUGGACCAAGAAGAUGCUGAACGAAGUCUGCUCGAGAAUUCUUCGUCUUAUGGCACUUUUCCUUCAGGUGAAGGUGAAAAUGCUUCUCAAUCAACUCAACAAAAUCAAUCCAAGAAAAGCAGCUUAUCUGAUUUUUAUGAAAAGAUGUUACGUCUUCUUCCUUUCUUAUGGCCAAAUAAAAAACCUUUUCUUCAAUUUUUGGUUUUUAUAUGUUUUGGCCUUUUGAUCGCUGGACGUGUGGUUAAUGUACUUGUUCCAAAGCAACUUAAAGUUAUUACUGAUGAAUUAACCGGUGAAGUUGCGAGAUUCCCAUGGGAAGCAAUUCUUUUUUACGCUUUUCUGAGGUUUUUACAAAGUGGUGUUGGUUUAAUUCAAGCUGCUCAGAAUUAUUUAUGGAUUCCUAUUGGUCAAUAUACAACUCGUGAGAUUUCUGUUCAGAUGUUUGAGCAUUUGCAUGGCCUUUCCUUAUCAUAUCAUAUAAAUCGUAAAACUGGUGAAGUAUUGCGAGUUAUGGACCGUGGAACCAAUAGUAUUAUUUCAUUAUUGAAUCAAAUAUUAUUCCAGAUAUUUCCUGUAAUUGUAGACAUUGUAGUUGCAGUUAUAUUCUUUGUUAUUGAAUUUGGAUGGAUAUUUGGUUUAAUAGUAUUUGUUACUAUGUCAUUAUAUAUCUUUGCAACUGUAUUUAUUACUGAAUGGAGAACAAAAUUCAGACGUGAAAUGAUUGAAUUAGAUAAUGAUACUCGAACUAAAGCUGUUGAUUCACUUUUAAAUUUCGAAACUGUUAAAUAUUAUAAUGCGGAACGAUAUGAAGUUCAACGUUAUGAUGAUGCGAUUCAAAAAUAUCAAGUUGCUGACUAUAAAGUCUCUUCAUCACUUAAUAUUCUCAAUAUUAGUCAAAACCUUGUGAUUACCAUGGGCUUGUUGUCAGGUUGUUUGUUAUGCUCUUAUAAGGUCACUCAACGUAUCUUCACUGUUGGUGACUUUAUUCUUUUCGUGACAUAUAUUAAUCAAUUAUAUUCUCCGGUAAAUUUUUACCUCAACUUCUUUGGCACCUAUUAUAGAAUGAUUCAACAAAAUUUCGUUGAUAUGGAAAAAAUGUUGGACUUGUUCAAGGAACAACAAAGUGUUCAAGAUGUACCUGGCGCCCCUGAUCUAAAAGUCACUGAAGGAGCUGUUGUAUUUGAUAAUGUUAGCUUUUCUUAUGAUCCAAGACAUCCGGCGUUAAAAAAUAUUUCAUUUGCAAUUCCUAAAGGAAAAACUGUGGCCUUAGUGGGACCUAGUGGUGGCGGUAAAUCGACCAUUCUUCGACUUUUGUUCCGUUUCUAUGAUGUUGGAUCUGGUCGUGUUCUUAUCGAUGGUCAAGACAUUAAACUUGUCAAACAAGAAAGUUUGAGAAGAAAUGUUGGCGUUGUACCUCAAGAUACUGUCUUAUUUAACGAUACGAUUUUAUACAAUAUUCAUUAUGGAAAUAUUAAUGCACCGGAAGAUGAUGUCUAUAAAGCUGCAAAAGCUGCCCAAAUUCAUGAUCGUAUAUUGACAUUCCCAGAUGGCUAUAAAACACGUGUUGGCGAGCGUGGUUUGCGUUUAAGUGGUGGUGAAAAACAACGUGUAGCAAUUGCAAGAACAAUAUUGAAGGAUCCAGCGAUUAUUCUACUUGAUGAAGCAACGUCUGCCCUUGACACCACUACAGAAAGACAGAUUCAGCAUGCACUAGCAAGUGUAACUAAGGACCGUACAACAUUGGUUAUUGCACAUCGUCUGAGUACUAUCGUUAAUGCUGACAUGAUUCUUUGCAUUAAAGAUGGUGAAGUAGCAGAACAGGGCACUCAUGAUGAACUUCUCAAAAAUACCGAAGGUAAUAAAUGCAUGUGGCAUAAACAAUUACGCGACGAAACUGAAAAUAAAGAUAAGAUUGCUGAAGAAAUUGAAGUAUCAAAUACUGACGCGUCUCGAAACGGUACAGAUAGACAUCAUGAAACCUCUUCAAAUUCUCAUGGACAUGUUUAG